UGUUUUGUGGAAAGCAAACUUGGCGCCGAGGUGGUAAUUCUCUCUUCAAAAUUCCGCCUGAGAGAUGACCCCAGCAUUAUGAUUCUUAUUGGGCGAAAUAAUUCGGAAACGGGCCGUUACUUGGUAUUCUACCAAGCGAAGAAAAACUCUGUGAGGAAAGAUGUCAUCGCAAACAAGCCUGACUUCUGAUAGAAAGCCUUCAGAAGCUCCAUCUGAGGGGAAGUCGAAAGGCGUAUGCGACGCAUGUGGAUCAGCCGCAAGCAGGAACCUGUUAGCUCGUCUCGGAUCUGGAGGAGUUGUCAUAGGUGAUGGAGGGUUCGUGUUCUCCUUGGAAAAGCGAGGCUACGUCAAGGCCGGACCAUGGACACCUGAAGCUGUCAUCGAACAUCCCGAAGCAGUUCGCCAACUUCACCGUGAGUUUCUCCGAGCUGGCUCCGACGUGAUGCAAGCAUUCACCUUCUACGCCAGCGACGACAAGCUUAUCAACAGGGGCAACGAAGCAGGACGCAAAUUUACGGGUGAAGACAUCAAUGUGGCUGCUUGCAAGAUCGCCAAGGAAGUAGCUUCGGAAGGAACUGCUCUAGUGGCCGGAGGAGUUUCUCAGACCCCAGCCUUUCUCAGUGGAAGAUCGAAGGCACAAGUACAGGAGGAAUUCCGAAAGCAAGUCAGGGUGUUCAUCGAAAACCAACUGGACUUCCUCGUCUGCGAGUACUUUGAGCACGUAGAAGAGAUUGAAAUAGCGAUCAAGGUUUGCAAAGAAACUCCCCUGCCUAUCGUUGCAACCAUGUGCAUCGGACCUGAAGGAGAUCUGCACGGGGUGUCCGCUGGGGAAUGUGCAGUCCGUAUGGUCAAAGCCGGUGCCCACGUGGUUGGUGUGAACUGCCACUUCGACCCGUUCGUCGUCCUGGAGACUGUGAAGCUGAUGAUCGACGCAGUGAACGCGAGUGGUUUGAAGGCGCACUUUAUCACUCAGCCUCUGGCUUAUCACACACCGGACGCUGGAAAACAAGGCUUCAUUGACCUUCCAGAGUUCCCAUUCGCGCUGGAGCCCAGGGUGUGCACCCGAUGGGACAUGCAGAGAUACGCACGAGAGGCCUACGAGAUGGGCGUGCGCUACAUCGGUGGUUGCUGUGGGUUCGAACCGUACCACAUUCGCGCAUUAGCCGAAGAACUCGCUGAAGACCGUCACUCAGCGUUGCCGGAAGCCUCCGAAAAGCAUGACCCGUGGGGCGCCGGCCUCAAAAUGCACACCAAGCCAUGGGUCCGAGCGAGGGCUUUCCGCGAGUACUGGGAGACCUUGAAGCCUGCAACUGGGCGGCCUUUCUCAUCUGCCUACUCUCAGCCUGACAACUGGGGAGUGACCGCUGGGGCUGAAGAGCUCAAGCAAAAAGCCGAAGACACCACCAAAGAAGAACUGGAAAAGCUGCACCAGUUUAAGAAAUGAGCCUUUUUUUCGCGUCUGUGGCCACAGCACACUGAUGGCUCGAGCACGCUUUUCACAUGGGCUGCAUCGCUGGAGUAUAUUAUUCUGUCGGAUGCUUUUAUACUUAUAGUUAAUAAAUCCAACGCCGAUUUUCCGGCAUAAUUAUA